UUAGUUGUCAGUAUCAGCUGCUUCUAGCUUCCAGGCAGUUCUUUGCGUCCAGCACUAGACUCCGAGGACAAUAUUCAGUAAGCCCUUAGCUUCGGAAGGAGAGAAGAUUCGAAUAAUCCGGCUCUUGCCACCAUGAUAAGCGUUUUGGAUGUUCAGGUGCUGACUUGAACCUGAUCUAUUCCUUUCAAAUCAAAGCUGUUCAUCCACGGUGGGAAGGACCAGGCAGCCAAAUGGAGACGCCAUCAGUCGAUCCAACGGGAGAGGACAUCUCUCAACUGCAGCAACAAUGGGAAAGGAACCCCCAGGAAAACGUUGACUCAACUACUCAGUUUAGGCAGCAGACUCAAGACCCUCCUACUGAAGCCCUUGAACUGGGAAUGAAUCCAGAUCCAGCCAGUCAAUUUCUAGAGAAUCCUCAAGGGACAGAAAAACUGGUCACUAGACUUGAAGGAGGCUCUGAUAUAUCUCAUGAAUCAACUCAUGAGAUGCCAGAGUUCCUUCAAGCUUCUGAUCUCUGGUACUGUCCCGAUGGGAGCUUUAUCAAGAAGAUCAUAAUCCGUGGCCAUGGCUUGGACAAACCCAAGCUAGGCUCCCGCUGUCGGGUACUGGCUUUUGGGUUUCCUUUCGGUUCAGGAUUGCCAGAAGGCUGGACAGAGCUAACUGUGGGUGUUGGAUCUUGGAGGGAGGAAACUUGGGGAGAACUCAUAGAGAAAUGCUUAGAGUCCAUGUGUCAAGGUGAGGAAGCAGAGCUUCAGCUCCCUGGGCACUCUGGGCCUCCUUUCAGGCUCACACUGGACUCCUUCACUCAGGGUCGGGACUCCUGGGAACUGGAGACCAGCGAGAAGGAGGCCCUAGCCAGAGAAGAACAUGCAAGGGGCUCAGAACUAUUUCGAGCUGGGAACCCUGAAGGGGCUGCCCGAUGCUAUGGAAGGGCUCUUCGACUGCUGCUGACUUUACCCCCACCUGGUCCCCCAGAACGAACUGCUCUUCAUGCCAAUCUUGCUGCCUGUCAGUUGCUGCUAGGGCAGCCCCAGCUGGCAGCCCAGAGCUGUGACCGGGUGCUGGAGCGGGAGCCUGGCCACUUAAAGGCUUUAUACCGAAGAGGGGUUGCCCAGGCUGCCCUUGGUAACCUGGAAAAGGCGACUGCUGACCUCAAGAAGGUGCUGGCAGUAGAUCCCAAAAACCGAGCAGCCCAGGAAGAGUUGGGGAAGGUGGUUAUUCAGGGGAAAAAACAAGAUGCAGGGCUGGCUCAGGGUCUGCGCAAGAUGUUUGUCUGAUUAAAAGUUAAA